AUGAAGGUUUCUGCUGUUCUGACCACUCUGAUGGCCGCUGGCCUCGUGGCCGGUGCUCCCCCGAGUGACCGUCCCACCGACGUCCAGGGCCACCCCCUGCCGGAGCCCACUUCUACUGAUCUCCCUCCGCCUCCGCAUGGCCAGCCGCCCAAGGAUGGCAACGACAAGCGUGACGUGCUGCCUCCUCCCCCGAAGGACGGCCAGCCCCCGAAGGAUGGUAAGCCUCCUCACGACGGUCAGCCGCCUAAGGAUGGCAACGACAAGCGGGACAACCUCCCCCCUCCCCCGAAGGACGGCCAGCCCCCGAAGGACGGUCAGCCUCCCAAGGAUGGCAAGCCCCCCAAGGAUGGUCAGCCGCCUAAGGAUGGCAACGACAAGCGUGAUGUGCUGCCUCCUAAGGACGGUCAGCCCCCCAAGGAUGGUAAGCCUCCUCACGACGGCAAGCCCCCCAAGGAUGGUCAGCCGCCUAAGGAUGGCAACGACAAGCGGGACAACCUCCCCCCUCCUCCGAAGGACGGUCAGCCCCCGAAGGAUGGUCAGCCUCCCAAGGACGGUCAGCCUCCUAAGGGUGGCAAGCCCAACUAA